CAAUCGACCAAUUGCUAAUUAUGACCUCGUCCGGGCAGCACCUGUGCGCGCUUCUGCUGCUGCUAUUCACCUGUGGCAGCGUCUAUGGCGCGCCUCCAAUGGGUCGAGUGGUCAACGGCACAGAUGCCGCAGUGGAGAACUAUCCGUUCGUGAUCUCGCUGCGCGGUGCAACCGGUUCCCAUUCCUGCGGUGGCUCGAUUAUCUCCAAUCAGUUUGUGCUGACGGCGGCUCAUUGCGUGGCCGGCCGCCAGGCGCGGCAGCUAUCCGUGCAGUACGGGGUAACGAAGAUCGGAUCCAACGGACCCAACGUGGUCGACGUCAAGCGCAUCAUUCAGCACAAGCUCUACAACCCCUACGACAACUAUGCCAACGACAUCGCUCUGCUCCAGGUGGCGGUGCCCUUCAAGUUUGACAAGAAUGUGGCGCCUGUCCGGCUGCCAGCGCUCAACUUUGCCACGCCCCAGGGUAGCGCCGGCGGAGAUGGAAUACUAAUUGGCUGGGGUCUCAACGCAACCGGCGGCUAUAUUCAGACGACACUGCAACAGGUGCAUCUGAAGGUCUAUUCGGAUGAGGAGUGCGUCGCCCGCCACAAAGGCUCCACGGACCCCCGAUACCAUAUCUGCGGCGGCGUCGACGAGGGCGGCAAGGGUCAGUGCAGCGGCGACUCGGGCGGCCCGCUGCUCUACGACGGUCAGCAGGUGGGCAUUGUGUCCUGGAGCAUUAAGCCUUGCGCCGUGGCGCCCUAUCCCGGCGUCUACACCAAGGUGGCCAACUACGUCGACUGGAUCCAGAAGGAGCAAAUCAUAUUGGCUUAGGCGCCUAGUCAAAGUAUAUCAAUUAGCCACCGUAUUUAUGGCAGAUCGUAUAAUAAACGUGGGUAUCGCAUUGGCCUUAUCACCGCCUUCGAUCGAUUGCAUCAUAAAUCAUUGUUGCGGAGUCAAAUUCCUUCAAAUCGUUCUAUCUGCACUGAGAAAUAAAACACUUUCAGUUCGAUGUA